AUGUCUGGCCCCGAUCUGUCUGAGGGAACUCCGCUUCUGCGAGAAUCUCCCACCUACCAAAGCACAUCCUAUCGCAGUGUGAUAAACCAUGCGAAUGAUGUGGAAACAGGCUCAUCAAGUAGCGAAGCCGAGAAUGAAAUUACAUUUCCAGUCUUGACCCAAGUCAGUUCGGCGCAACCGAGUCUGGACAUCGAGCCGAGCCUGGAGCGAUAUCCCUCCGCAGGCUCGCGGAGAAAAAGCAAUGUCUCUGCUCAUGAUAGGCACUUGCCUUUCAAGAAAGAAUCAGAUUAUGCCUCCCAAUUCAUCGGCGUAUCCCCCUCGCAGUUCUGGGUGAUCUUUUCUGGCAUCUUGCUCGGCUACGUGAUCGGGUUCUUCGACUCCACAUUAAUGGCGUCAAGCUAUCCGGUGAUCACGUCGUAUUUCCAUGCGGCAAAUUCAGCAUCGUGGCUAUCAACCGCCUUUCUUCUCACAUCUACGGCGUUUAUGCCCCUUUUCGGGCGCAUCUCAGAUUCCUUGGGACGGAAACCGGUUUACCUGUUUUCCAUUUUUAUGUUCUUCGUGACCACAGCAUGGUGCGGCCUAGCUCAGAGUAUCGGCAGUUUCAUCGCUGCCCGGGCUUUCUGUGGAUUGGGUGCUGGUGGUGUUUUUUCUAUGGGCCAAGUCAUCUCGAGUGAUCUCGUGCGUCUCGAGUACCGUGGGGUCUACCAGUCAUACAUCAACUUGAGUCUCGGCAUCGGAAGCUGUACUGGUCUGACCUUCGGUGGCCUUCUCUGUGACCGAAUUGGCUGGCGUGGUGCAUUUCUCAUUCAACUGCCAUUCAUUUUCGUUUACUUUAUUGUUUCUGCUGUGACCAUUCCAGCAGAGCUUGGAAUUAAGUUGGUUGGGUCGGAGCGCAUGACAGUUAGACAAGUGAUUCGCAAUGUCGACUUGACCGGAUCAUUCUUCUUGGUCUCAGCUGUUACCGCGUUGAUCAUGGGUUUGAACUUAGGAGGAAAUAUCUUCCCCUGGACUCAUCCCCUGGUGAUAUCCUCACUGGUCGCGGCGGUUAUCUUGGCUAUCAUACUCGUGCGAUAUGAGCGCCAUGUGCCUCGCGCCGUGCUUCCUGUGGAACUACUGACCAAGGAUCCUCGAGCCAGUAUUAUAUUUGGCAACUUCUUCGGAUCAGUCUCGGUCAACACGAUGAUGUUCAAUGCUCCAUUGUAUUUCCAGGCCGUCAAGCUUGCUACCCCCACCGACUCGGGGCUACGCCUGCUGGCUGCAGCUAUUGCCGUGACUGCUUCUAGUGUCGGUACUGGAUUCCUGAUUACCUGGUCGAAACGCCUGAAACCAACCAUCAUCAUUGGUGGUAUCAGCAUGGUCAUCGGAGGGUGUGCUGCUGCUUUGAUGAGUAUCACCACUCCCGACGCUCUCGCUAUGAUAUGCGUCUCGUUCUCCAGUCUCGGCCAAGGGUUCGCCUUCCCAAGCCUGAUGGUUUCCAUCCUGGCCACCAGUGAACAAGACGAGCAGGCUGUUACUACUACCACCCUAGGUCUCGCGCGCAAUCUAGGCUCCGUGAUGGGUGUGUCGAUCAGCAGCUGGAUCUUGCAGAAUACCCUGCUCUAUGAACUUGAAAAUAAGGUGACGGGCUCGGACAAAGCAGAAAUCAUCGGUCUCGUGCGCAAGUCCAUCCGUGCCAUAGCCGACUUGGAUCCGUUCCAUCAACGACAAGUCGUCGGAGCAUAUGCUUUGGCUCUUCGUGUAACAUUUCUUUCUGCGGCUGUUUGGGGCACUAUCAUGUUAGUGCUGCACUCGCGGCUUCGAUUGCCCAGACUAGGAAGUAAGACUUCUGAAAAUUAG